UUGCAAAGAGGCUCCUUCGCUGCCCUGAAUUGGCCAGUAUACUGGACAUCCCUCUCUCUCUCCCCUAGCCACCUCGACCUUCGAAGAGGAAGGCAGCAAAAUCGACCCCACGCUGCUCUCUCUCCAAGUCACUUCUCCCUUUCACUUCAUCACAUGAUCCGGCACCUCUGAGCAAACUCAAUCUACGCCCGCCUCGUGACGCCCACUUUUCGUGGCUGUCACUCACAAACGAACGCCUCGACGUUUUCAUCUGCUCGUCCUUUCAGUAUAUGGCUUGGCUCCUCCCCACUCAACACUGCUUCGUAUGAUGCAGCCCACAAGCGCAAUGCAGGUGCAGGGCAACGAGGGGGCUUCCACCUCGACGCUGCCCCCACUUUCCUCGCCAACCUCGCCCUUUGCACGCUCCGCGUCUCCCUGGGCACCAGAGGACGAUGAGCAGAGGACGCUCAACGGCGAUAGUCUGCCAGGGCAUACCAGCUAUCUGCCUGGUGAUUCUACAACGCCAUACCUCGCUCGUCUCAAAUGCGUUGAAAAGGGAAUACUCCGUGAUCCCUUUGCGGCAGCCACCACCCAGCAUCCUCUCACAGGCCAGAACGUGGCCUUCUUGGACCUUCCCGCCGGCGUGACGACGAGAACCCAGCGUUCAAUGACCGAAGGCGCUCAGACAUCGCCUCUGCAAUUCAACAAGCGACCCACAUUUACAUCUGCUCGCUCCUCGGUGUCUUGCUCCAGCUGCAAUUGUUCCUCAACCUUUUCACCUGGGAGUGGCGACGAAGCCGUUCGCACUCGUGGUAACAGAACACCCUCCCUCAGCCGCUCAGAAACCGAGUACUCUGAAGGUGGUGUGAGUACGGCCAGUCAGCCACAGUGUCAUCAUGCCCUUUCCCAUGGUGGAGUGUCCCUUCUCACGGCGGCCAUGCUAGCCGGAGAAGUCUCGCCUCGCAAGCAGAUGAAGACGGCUUGUGGCAUAUUGAGACGCGAAGCGCAAGACACUCCCGUGUUUGAGACCGACAGCGAGUCUGCGGCCGGUGCUUCUAGUAAACAAGCAAUUCGCAGUCGUCCACGCUUCGUGGAACCGCCUAAGCCGACUCGCUCUAGAUCUCAACACAAGAGCCCCAGCCCGCCACCUACAAGCUCACGUGCUUCCCUUCCAAGACGUUCAGAAAGCAGCCCGUCCUCUCCCCGGGCCAAGCGGUCCUUGUCAUUCCUGUCGCCACCCUUGCCGUUGCCUGAGCAGCCCGUGCCAGAGGAAGUGCCGCCACUGCCAGCAGCAGAUGCCAGACCUCAAAUAGCCGGGAGGCGGCGGCUGACCUUUCAGGAUGCAGAAGGGGUCGAGCAGAGAAUCAAGGCUCGCUCAGACGCUGCAAGAGCGAUGUCUGAGAGGAGCAGCGAGAUGCCCUCGUCGGCGGACGAGAGCGUCGCCAGUCGCCCUCUCACCUCUGGACACUCUUCUCCAGUAUCGACACCGGCGACAAAUUCAGACAUGGCAGGGGACGCACCAGUGCAUUCGGCCGUGCUACUCUCCCCUCCUGCGAGCGGGAAGGUAUUUGUAGCUUCGCCACCUCAAGAAGAGGAUCACAAAGUCCAGGCUCGUGAACGCAGACUCAAAUUCGCGCCGUCCCCUCAUGAGCUUGUCGGCCUGCGCCGAUCCUCGACUGUCCGUGGCCGUCCAUCUGGAGAUCGUUCUCCGUCUGGCACGUCGGGCCUAGUCUCCGAUGACGACCUAAAACCUUAUGUUGACAGUAUCGCUGCGAGCUCAUCUUGCAAUACUCAGAGGACAUUUCGCGCCCAAGGGACCAAAAAGCCCAAGAGGAGUCUCAGUCCCGCCCCUCGCCAUCUCGGUGGUUCGGACCACCAUCGAGGAAGCGGAAGGGCUCGGUCACCAGCACCGCGUGGCAAGGUGGCUAUGCCUCGCUCUGUCGAUUCAGACGACUCGGAAGAAGUCGAUCCUGAUGAGCUGGACUACGAUGAAGAUGACGAAGACGAUUCGGAUGACACCGAGUCUGAUGAGUUAGACAGCGACGAUGGUGACGACAGCGCUGGGAGUGUGCUAGAAAAUGAGGCACUGGAUGGUAGACGGGACGAUCAGACAGGACCAUCUCGCUCCGCUCUCAUUGGUCAAGCUCAUCUCAGUUCAAAUCUCGCGGCGACCAGACUCCACUGGGACAAUCUCCCUGCAGACGAACAGGCUCUUGCAGACCCAGCAGCAGUCCCAGACUUCGAAUUCGAGGAAGAAGGCGAGGAGGUUGAGCGAAGCCGGCCAAGCAGCGAGACCGGUUCGCCCUACCGGAGCCCAUUUGCAAGCACGGCAGCGUCGCCCUUGCCAUUUGCGCGCAGUCGAGUAUCGUCGACGGCGGUCAGUGAUGCUGAAACUCCUUGGCCACAACGUCGCCAGCAUCCGCACUCGCACUCCAUUUCGGCAAUCUCUUCAAGCAUGUCAAAUCGGCCCAAGCGUCCAUCCAUCAGUCCAAUCCGAUCCAAGUCGUCGGCCGUCAUCAUGAGUCUCGACGCCGUCGAUCCACGAAGUGAUCUCUCCCUUCCUGCCUCGCUCUCCCGUUCACUGCAGAGGGACAUCUCACCUUCGACCUCGCGAUCUUAUUCGGCAGCAGUGCGGAGAUGUGCGCCGUCUUUGCUGGAGAGUACAGACCAGGCGCUUGCGCAGCCCAGUUCACCGCCAGCGCCCUCUCAGUCGCCGGACGCUUGGACUGCUCUUCGCUCGUGCCUGAUCUCGGCCAUGGGCGAGGGACAAGCGGCUCAGGGAUUGGGUCUCGGCGGCCGUGCUGCUGUUCAGCCACAGAGAUCAUGGCUCUCGGCGUUCAGCACGCCGGGCAGCCAAGACAACUCGCGAUCUAGGGCUCCCAGCUUCAGCCUACUCGAUGUCGCUUCGGCUUCGCAUUCCAAUGCAGACUCAGUCCUGGGAGAAGGAGGAGGUGGUGGAGGCCUUCUGCCGGAGCGUCAUUACAGCACCGGCAUUCUCGAUGCGCGGCCUCCAAUGGCAGCAAGUCUCCGCAGUGCUCCUUUUCCUCCCUCAGUCGGCGCUUCAGCAAACAUGCGUCCCGAGCAAGACGUCCUCCCUCGCGGUCGAUCCUCCACCAGUGUCACCUUCACCACGCCCAGCACCGAGCACGACCGCUCUCUCCGGCGCACCGAUUUGUCCGGGCAGCAAUCCCAUCCUGCUCCUCCUCCAAGACCAAUCCGCAUCGCAUCGGAGAGCGGCUUGCCGUCCAACAUGUCACGGGAAGACGCUCUGCUUUCUGGAGCGUAUCGGAUGCGCAGGCCUAAGCGCCGACCGUUCAAGAGUCGUAGCCCACCUUCCACGCUUGUUCGCAGUGCUGCGAGAGAGGGAGAGGGAGAGGGAAGGAGACGACGGAGCUUGGAUCCGACGCUGGUUGGAGCUGACCUUCUGCAGUUGGGUCAUGCGAACGCGAAAGCCCCUGCCCCUGCUCCUGCUCCUGCUGUUGAAGUGGGAGAAAAGGUCGAAGAGAGGAAGAUCCGUCGACGUACCCCUUCACAGAUGUCCUUUGGGUGGGGAAGACCGGAGGAGAAAUAGACCCAGAAGGAUCAGAGGAAGAAGAGGAAGAAGAGGAGCAGGAAAGAGAAGGAGGAGUGUGCGGAGCUCCUUUCCUUGCUUUUGUUUGCUUUACCUACCUAGAUGAUUUUACAUAGAUCAGAAGACGAUAGAUACUUUGAGAUAUAGUAGCACCCCCC